AUGGCGUUGGCCACGCAGUCAUCCGUGGCGUCCGCCGCCCUCGAUCCAGCCCUCCCGGAUGGAUCGACUGUUCCGCAGUUUGGUGUUUCACAGCCUAUAUGCACGAAACCACCCACAGAAAAGGACAACGAAUUGACCAGUAAAGUGAGUUUGAUUUUACAUUGUUUUUUUUUGGGUUUUAGGAGAAGAUUCUGAUGUUUGAUGGUUAUGUCGCUGUUUCACCACUAAUUAGAGUUCAAUUUUAGUUGAACGACUGUUUGUCUUCUUUCAACGUCUUCGAGAGUCAAGAAGAGCUUCAAAAGCGUCUCGAUGUACUCCGAAAGAUUAACGCCUUGGUCAGGCAAUGGGUUAUGAUGGCGUCAGAAGGGAAGGUCCCACCAGAAGCAUUGGAGAAAGUCGGAGGGAAGCUGUUCACAUUCGGCUCAUACAGACUGGGAGUUCACACACGAGGCGCCGAUAUUGACAGUCUCUGUGUUGCACCCAGACAUGUACAGCGCGCUGAAUUCUUCAAAAGCUUUUACGAAAUGUUGGAACAGGUAAGAAGAGGGCUCGUCCAAUUAUUUUAAUUUUUUUCGGUCGUUUUUUGGAAAUUGAGAUUGAUCGGCAAUGAUGAAACACACUUUGAACAGAGAUUUGAGGGUCGAAGCUGCGAACACGCUAAUUUUUCAGCGUGUUCAAAGUGUCCCCUGAAUUUAAGGACGAAAUCGAAGCGAUCCUGAGCUGAUUCAGUUUGUAAAAAGUAUAAUAUAUAUAAUAAUUGACAUGUGCAUGGUUAUUUUGAUAAAAAGAUAACACUUGACAUUCAGGAUGAAAACGUCUCCGAUCUUCAUGCUGUGGAGGAUGCUUUCGUGCCCGUGAUCAAACUUCAAUACAGCGGAUUAGAUAUCGAUAUUCUGUUCGCUAGGUUGGCACUAAAGGCCGUCGCAGAAGAUGAAGAUCUUAGCGAUGAUAUGUUGCUUAGAAAUCUGGAUGAGAAAUCGAUCAGAUCGUUGAAUGGUAGGGUCAUCUCGCUUAUUUCUAUGGUGUCUUAGGUUGUCGAGUUGCCGAUGAAAUCCUCAGGCUGAUUCCCAACCGGCAGAACUUCAUAAUCACACUGAGAGCUGUGAAGUUGUGGGCAAAAAGUGAGUUCGAUUUCUGUUUUGUUUUCUUUCGGAUUUUAGGGGAAAGGAGGAUAGGAUACAGGCUUGACACCACCUUCAGUUUUGCAAUGAUGAACACACUUUGAACAGAGGAAAUCGCAGUGAGGACUGACGAGAGUCUUUGAUUUCAAAGUCUCGCCGAAGUCCCUUGUUGAUUUCGAAGAAGAAAAGAGAAGCGACCUGAGCUUAACUGAGGGUGAUGGAAGGAUGCACGUUUUUUGAUUCUGCAUCAUAAAUUAUAUUACACAAAUAUUUGUGGAUUUUAUUUUAGACCAUGGAAUCUACUCCAACGUCCUUGGUUUCCUCGGUGGAGUUUCAUGGGCGAUUCUUGUUGCCAGAACUUGCCAACUCUACCCGAACGCCGCGCCAGCCAUUCUACUCGAGAAAUUCUUCUUGGUCUUCUCCACCUGGGAAUGGCCUCAUCCCGUCUUCCUGAAGGACACGGAUAACGCACAAAGACCGGAUAUUCCCGCCCUGAGGGACUUGGUAUGGGAUCCCAGGACGAGAGUGGCGGACCGUUACCAUCUGAUGCCCAUCAUCACACCCGCCUUCCCCGAACAGAACUCAACGUACAAUGUGACGAAGAGCACACGGCAGGUGUUGAUCCAUGAGUUUCAAGAAGGUGAGCAGAGCUUUAUCAAAUUAGAAUUUUUUUAUUUUUGUGGUUGAGCCUUGUUGUAUUUUAGGUCUGAAACUCACCCUUGACAUCAUCAAUGGCACGGCUCCGUGGGAAAGGCUCUUUGAAGAGGUGAAUUUCUUCUCCAGAUACAAGCAUUUCUUGGUCCUGAUGUGCAUCACCGAGAAUCAUGAUGAUCAUGUCAAGUUCACAGGCCUGGUGGAAUCCAAGAUUCGUAUUUUGAUCUCGGCCCUGGAACGAAACGCCGCGGUGAAUAUCGGGCAUGUGAAUCCGAAACAGUAUAAACCGAAAGCGGACUCCGGCAUCACGGCUCCAUAUGAGUAUGUUACGAAACUAAAUAGCGUGGGAACUCCAAGUAACGGUUUUUUAUGUUUUUUUGCUUUUAGGAACCCAGUCAUCACCCUCUGGUUCAUCGGGCUCGACUUGAACAGCCAGAUGAAGAGAUCGAUCGACCUAACCCAGGAGAUCCAACAGUUCAACGACACGGUCACCACGGCUGGAUACGCCUCGAGGACCUACAAGGAAACGAUGCUUGUCCAGCCCAGCUACGCCAAGCGUAAUGAGCUGAGCAAAUGGUAAGGGGAACUGUAUUAUUUUGAUCUAUGCGUUCUUGGUCGAUUUUAUUUGAAUUUGUAGUUUGAUUCUAUCGUUUUUUUAGGUUGACUGUCGAGGAACUGACUCAAGGUCGAAUGCAAGGCCGCCAACGCGUUUCGGCCGUCAAUUCACCGCUGAUUAGCUCACUGGCUCGUUCGGCGUCGACCACAGCUGAGGUAUGUCUAAAAUUUUGAGAUUUUGCAUGUUGUCAUUUAGAAAGCGGCGACGUCUACCACCGAACCUCAGAAUGGCGUAAAUUCGAACGAGUCGGCGGCCAAGGCAAGGGCGGAACGUGCCCGAACCCCCAUCGAACAGCUCAGUGAUACGAUGGCGUUGCCGGAAAAUGCGGAAGAACUGGCGGCUAUCAACCAGGUCCAGCAACAGGGCACCGUCCUGGAAGCGCCGUCAACGGAAGGCAAGUCUCAGCCCGAAAAAGGGCCGGAAGAAGCGAGGAAGAAAGCAUCCGACCCACCGUCCACGUCGCCCACCCGUCUUCCCACGACGUUGGCCGCGCACAGUGCGGUCGCCUCACCGUCGAUGCACUCUGCGACUGUCUUGUCGGAGCGACGUGCACUCUUUUCUCAGUGUCUGCCUGUCUCUAAUUCGUCUGUUUUGUGUCUUCCUGUCUCAUCUGCCACCUCCAAGUCUCUUCAGCCGAAUUCUGUAGUUAUACCAGGUUUCCGAUCCAAAUCGGCCCCACGGCAUGCGAACACGAGUCAGAAGUCGGAACGAAGGAAACAUGUGGAGAUACCGCCGCAUGCGCCAAUCUUCUACAUGGAUCCGGAAGAUUUCUCGAGGAAUGUCUCCCAAAUCUAUGGACACGACAACUUCUUCUGUUCCCGAGCUGGAUAUGAUGUUGUUGCGGUGAAUCCAUUCGAUAGGCCAGAGCGCUGCCAGUGUUCGAGGGAUGUGUCAGGCUUGGCGGAGGAUAUACGGCAAGAGGCUGUAAGAUUUUUUUUUUAAUUUUUUUUGCAAUUUAUUUUUAUUUUUUUGGGUAACAUUUUUGUUUUUUUUAGAUUCUGCGGAACAAAGAAUGGCACUACCAGCAAUCGCGCAGCGCCAUGAGGCGCCACAGACACAUGAAUGCGUACAAAUCCAGCCCGUCCAACCGAUACUCACCUUAUUAUCAGAUGGAAUCGGCGGAACGAAGAGAUCGUAUCUCCCUUCUGAACUUGAUCACCGAUCUCACAAUCCAUGCCAAGCCCACGACACCUUCGGUGUCGGACUCUCAGGCUUCUUCGGGCUACGAAACGGCCAGUUCAUGCUCAUCUACACCUUCACCAACCUCAACAACCUUUGCCGCUGAUGACGAAGUGUUCGGGGCGCCGAUUGUGUCAGGGAAUUCGGGGUCCAGAAGUGAUGGGUGCACAAUAUCCAGAACGGAUUCGAUGAAAUCGGUGGUGUCGGAGAACAUAGAGCCCAAGAAACGAACGCCCGAGGAAUGGCGAAGGGUCAAGGCCAAGAAGGCGAAUAAAAGGCCACCGAGAAAGCAGAGCCCGAAAGUUGACCGAAGGCCUCUUUUCCAGGAUUAUGAUCAGAUGUUUCCGCCACUUUGA